AUGCCAUGUCUACGAGGGGCAGUAGCAUGGCCUGAAACCAUGUUCCGCACGGCGUCAGUCGAAGGCUCCGGGCCGAGGACGCCGCCCGCCUACGCCCCGCACCCGCCCUACGUUCCACCUCGCUUCUUCCCGCCGCGAAUCCGCCCGCCACCACCGCAGUACUGCUUCGACGCGGCCCGCUUCGCCAGCGACGCUUCAAAACCACGGUAUCUAGAUGUAGAAAGGGAAAGACUGGUAACUCGCUGGUUGGCUGAGGCUAACGAGGCUUUGGUGCGCCGCGAUAGACCGCCCAGGUACAAACCGAGGUCCAGCGAACGCAGACUGGAAUACCUGGAUCGAAGACCGUCGGAGUGGGCCGAUAACUUCCUCCUCGGUAGACGGAAUAACUCAGUGGAACCGGAAGACGACAGUGAACCUUUGACCUUGAAGGAGUUUGUUGAUAAGUUCUCUUUACCUCGUGUUGUGAGACUGGACGGUGAAAACAGGGCUGUGUUGUUGUAUCGUGUGCUGGAGGCGCACAGGCGGGUCGAAGCGGUGCCGCUGUCGGGGAAGAAGGGGAAGCUGGUGGGGAAACCGCUGUACAUCCCUGACUCUUAUGAUGGGUGGUUCUCAACAUGUAGUUGCCGGGGCGGAGCGCUGGCAACACCAAGGGGCUCCAUCGCCGCUCUUCUGCGGAAUAGAGCUUUCGCCCUCGUUUCUCCUCGCGCCAUUUCUGCAUAUCGGGCGCGGCCAGCUUCGGAGACUGGCCGCGUGGGGGCACAGUACGAGCGAGCAGCAGCACGACCUGGCACCCCGUUGCGGCUGGCCGGAGUCUUCGCUGACGGCAGCAAGGCAAAAGCACCCAAAUAUGCACAACUCAUCGACCCACAGGGAAAUGAACUCUUUGUGCCAUUGAACACAAAGGGCGAACUAUACGAGGUCUGUCCCGAAGAGCUGUCCCCGGCCGAAUGGGACGAUGCCACAGAUUCCACACCACCGGCGGACGUAGCUGCGCGGGCGCAUAGACUUCCGCAUCUGCUCAGUCUGUGGCGACUUCCUGCUAGAGUACGGCUGUUAGCCGGCACAGUUCCUAUUGAAAUGGCGCAUGAUGUCGGAGAUGAUCUUCUGUUACGAGAAGCUGUCACUGAACCUGUUUUAGUCAUGUGCACCCUCCCUGACUACAGCUCGUCAUCGAGCCUUAACAAGCAAGUAGACCCUAGGUACCACGCCAAGGAAACCUUCCAACUGCUUCCCCUGAACAGCAACGUCAAAGUACGUCGCACACAACUCGGCUUCGAAAGUGAAAAAAGAAUGUUUCUCUCCGCUCGCCUCCAAAAAGCUCUCACCUUCUGUCAACUGAACGUUGACAACUGGAUUAGGCAGAUCUCAUACGCUAAUUCAACGGUCGUCAGCAAAGCGAAGACGGCUGAGGAUCUCAUCAAGGAAGACCAUGAACCGGUCAAAUUUGAGAAAGAAAGGAAGUUCACCCUACAAGGAUUAAAAAUAGAUACAUCGCGGCUCUUUGGGAAAAGUGAGAAGGUAUUGAAGGAUAUACCCGACGAAACGGAAGGCUCAAUCAUAUUUUUAAGUAAGAAUGAACUCGAACACAUGAAUUACGAUGUUUACAGUGAUGACGAAGGAAAAGAUGACAAGCACGAUGAUAAAACGGAACGCGAAGAAUUUUCUAAUGAAAAAGUUAGUUUUAGAGAAGACUCGGCGCAUAAGAAGAGCAAGUGGUUUAAACACCUAAAAUUACUAAAAAGCACCGAUAAAUUAGAUGACAAACUCACCGUCAUAGAGAAUUCGGAAAAGUACAGAGACAUCAAGGACCCAUUCGAUCCUUUAGGGGAAAAACAUAGUUCCAUAGAAAGGUAUCAAGACAUGGCAAAACUUAUAGAAGAUCGAUUUGGCGUGCUUAGAAAAAAUGAUGGUACAGCUGAGAAGAGUCAUUCCUAUAAGAGUUUGACAACUUCGUCGUCAGAAAUGGGAACGAGUCAGUGUAGUUCAAGCCACAAAAAGCCAGUUUUAACUAAAUCUGUCUCAGUUCAAACCGGCAUGCCCGAUAGUCCGUGCACUGAAGAAGAUAGCGGCAUUGAUAUGAAGCAUGGGCGUAAAAAUUUAAGUGUAGAUCAAAUUAACUACUGUGGCUCUAUGGAAAGUAAUUCUAGUUCGGGUAGAAAACUUAAGUCGUUAGACGAAAAUAUGCUAAAGAAAUCAUCAGCAACCAAAUCAUCAACGCAUCUUGAGAGGCGACAGAGAAUUCAACCAGACUUAAUCCCAGAAAAAGCAAUUGUCAAGUCUGAAUCUUACAACCAAAUUCAGAGUUGUGAGGACAUUAACAUUUUCGCGGCUGGAUCUAUGUAUAAUGACAGUGACUUUGAAAUCAAUUACAAGCAACAUUCGUUCAUUACAGAAAAAUUGUGUUCAGAGUUUCAUGUCAAAACAAAAAGGGUUUUAAGCAAAUCAACUUCAAACUUAUUACACCCUAAGAAAACGAACGAUAAGAAGGAGGGAAGUAACAGCAAUAGUAUGCCAACUAAAACUGAACGUUCAAAUGCAACGGAAGCUAAAGUAGUAAACUUUAGAAAAAAGAUCGAUAAGCCAAGAGCACCUACGCCUCGGUCGGAAGUAGAUGAGGAUUCACCUCCAGUUGACAUUUCAGAGGAAGAACCGCUAAACCAAAAGAAGAUAAGAAGAUCUAUUUCCUCAAUACAAAAACGAAAAUUGCCUGUGAUAGAAGAUUUGCCGUACGGGCAAGUAGCGGACGCAGUAGAAAUCGAGGAGGAGAAAAUAGAAACAGAUUCUAACUCCGACAACAUUUACGCAGAGAUAUGCACGCCUCCGCACGGUUCUAAAUCCAAUGAUGAAGACUAUGACUGCAAUGAAGACGUUUUAGCCAACGACCCUGUGAUUUGUAAUGUUAAGAAAGAAGUCAUCACUCGCAACGACGAAAGAGCGCGACAGAUGAUAGAAAAUCCAUUUCGUCACAUCGAAGUGGUUGUCAUAGAGAAGACUACAAACUUCGAUUUGGACGAUUCCAGUCUCGCGUCUAGUAAUUUCGACGAGGCGGGGAGCAAAAACGAUGUAUCUAUAAUAGAUUCCUGGGAGCGUGAUAAAGUAAAGCAGGUUGAACCAAAACAUGCGAUUAGAUUAGAAAUAACUAGCAAUAUGGAUGAUUAUCCUGAGAGCCAUAAUCAAAGUUUAGAUAGGACAGAGAUUCAUUUAGGUAAAGAUAACAUUGUAAGCUUUAGCAAUAGUAUCCAUUUGAAUGGUACAUAUCCCAACGAGGCCAUUUACGAUACUUUAAAAUAA